AUGCUAGUUCACUUGCCUACAGAGCUGGUGCGGUCAAUAGCCGAGAUGCUAGAACAUGGGUCGGAUAUAAAUGCUUUUGCUCAAACGGCUACCUGCAUCUAUACGAUUGUCGAUCCAUAUCUGUACCUCUUUAAUGCCCAACAAGGAGAAGGUUCGGCAUUACGUUGGGCAGCGGAACGGGGGCGACCUGUGACAGCUCGAAAAUCACUAGAAGCAGGGACUCGAACACAAUCCAAAGUCCUACAAGCGGCAUUGGCAGAGGCGGCAAAAAACGGACAUAAGGCGGUUGUUGAAUUGCUCCUCACUGCAGAAUGUAUCGACCCCGAUUUGAAGGAUUCCAAGGGGCAGACACCGCUAUCAAAGGCAGCGGCAAAUGGGCAAGUAGGAGUAAUGGAGGUUUUACUUGCUACCAAAGGCGUCAAUCCCGAUUCCCAGGAUGAGAGGGGGCAGACACCAUUGUGGUGGGCGACUCGGGGGUCACAUGAAGAGGCAACGAGAAUGCUACUCGCCCUCAAUGAUAGUGUCAAUCCGGAUUCGCAGAAUGCUUGGGGUGAAACUCCCUUAUGGUGGGCGUCGCGUAAUGGGCAAGCGAAGAUAGUAGAAUUACUACUUGCAACGAUGCGUGUCGAUCCAAAUGAGUGGAAUCACCUCCAAGAGACGCCAUUAUACCAAGCGGCACAGAAUGGCCAUGAGGGUGUGGUCAAGCUCCUGCUUGCGUCGCCAGACGUCAUUCCUGAUUGUGAGGAUCGACGAUUCGAGACACCGUUAUUGGAAGCAUCGCAGAACGGACAUGAGGCAGUAGUCAAAUUGUUGCUUGAUACAGGAGCUGCCAACCCUGAAAACCGCGACUUGGCUGGCCGGACGACUUUGUCAUGGGCCGCGGGGCAUGGACAUGAAGAAGUGGUUAGACUGCUCCUUGACGAGGGAUAUGUCAACGCUGAUACCCAGGAUCAGUGGGGAUGGACACCGUUGUUGACCGCAGUCAAAGAGGGUCACAAAUCAGUCGUCGAUCUACUUAUCAACAGUGGGGAAGUUGAGCCUGACUGUCCCUGCGAUGAAGGAGAGACCCCCCUGUGGCAUGCUGCAUCGGGCGGUCAUGCGGCAAUAGUUGCUACACUGCUUGAGACGAGGGACGUCAACCUCGAGGCCUCAAACUCUGUUGGACAGACACCUCUAGCAAUGGCGGCAUAUUGGGGAAAUGUGGAGGUAGUCAGAAUGCUACUUGCCGCCGGGGCAGAUCCUAAUAGUAAGGAUUCUUUUGGGGAUACACCAUUAUCAUCAGCAUCAUCAUGUCCAACAGAGGGCGGAGGCGAGGCAGUCGUCAAAUUGCUGCUUGCUACGGAUGGUAUUCAUCUUAAUUCGCAAGACAUGCGUGGACGUACGCCCCUGUCAAUUGCGGCCGAAGCCGGAAACAUGGAAGUGGUGGGUUUGUUUCUCACCACGGAAGGCGUGGAUCCAGAGUUGAAGGAUUAUGUCGGAAGAACUCCCUUGUCAUGGGCCGAGGAGAAAUAUGGAAAUGAGGCUGUGGCUGAAUUAAUUCGUGAUCGAUUAUCGCUUUGA